AUGGAGGAUGUAGAUCUGGAUGAGGUAAAUGACCGCAUUAAUCAGCUAAAAGAGAUAAUAGAGGAGCUCUAAGAGGCGAGAGAUUUUGUUUUUCAGUUCAAGAUCAAUUUGAGCACAUUCUUUCAAAUCAGAGCAAAAUUAUUGAAGAUGAUUAUUCGCUUUAAGAGCUAGUGCUUCUCACAAAAAGAAACAUUCUAGUUAUUGGGGAAAUGUGAAGUAGAGAUAAGGGAGUUGACUGAUCAUGCCCAUAAAUAUGCUGAGGAAUUAGAGAGUGAAGGAAACAUAGGAAUUAUUAAGUAUUUCAAUACUGAGAUGAACAGAGCUGAGGACAUAUAUGAGCUUAAAAAAUCACCCAAAAAGAGAAAGACGCUGAACAUGCUAAUCUCUCCAGCAAGUGCUUAAAGUCAUGAAUAGCCCCUACUGAAGUACACCAAGUCAGUCAUGGAUAAGCGUCCUUCAAAUAAGUUUAAUUUGGAUUUAUCGAAACUGCAGCAACCUAAGGAUAGUUUUCUAAGGUAGCAAAAGAGUUUUCUUUCGACACUUCAAACUCAAGAAUCAAGCACUAACUGUAAGCAAUCAGUAACAGAGGAGGAUAAGGAAUAUGGAGGAAUGAGCAAACCAUGUCCAGAAAUGUCCUUUGAGUUUAGUGAUUGCAACAAAAGCAUGGUUGUCAUUCAGGAGCCCUCUGCCCAGAAAUAGGCAAGAAAAAGAUUUACGAGCAAGAGGAUAUCUGCUGCUGUUUAUACUGACUAUGGAUAAGAUGAUUUUACUGCUGAUGAGUAAAGACCAGAGAUAAAUGAGUAAGUUAGGGACAUUAAGCUUAUUGCUGCAGAAAAAAGAAACGUUACACCAAAGAGUAAUGCUUUAAAAACAAUUGACAUGGAAAGUAAAAGAUAUGAGAAAAUAAAAUAUAGAGUCAAGCUCGAGAAGAAGUUGAAAGAAGAAGAGUAGCGCUUUGAGAAUAGCUAGUCUGACAGCAACAAAAGCUACUAUAGAGGCUGCUAGGAAUAUUGUGCAAUCUUUUGA